ACUCUCUCUGCGCGCUACUCUGUUCCGGCUCCGUGCCGGCUCACGUUUCUGCAGGAUGGCAGCCGAAUGAAACGCGCGUACCCUGUUAAGGGAGCCGGGGGGGCAGUAUAAGAUAUCCCGCGUUGCCUGCGGUGGGUGUGUUUACCUGCCCAUUCAGCACCUGCGCUGAAUGAACGAGGACGCGCAAGGUCAGAAGCCGAUUCACGCCGUGCUCCAGGUGGACCGGACCUGCAGCUUAUAAAGAUGAGGAGACUUCCUGUAUUGAUGCUGCUCCUGUGGGUGUGCGCCACCUUCUAUGUUGGGAUUUACCUGUUUGUGGGGGGCUUCAUGCUGGUGCGACUGGAGGUGAACAGGAGCAGUUCCUGCAGUGACGUUCUGCCCCCAGGGGACGAGGCUGGAAGAUUUUGCCGUGGGGAGCCGCGUUUCCGCAGGGCAGUGCUUCUGAUAAUCGAUGCCCUGAAGGUCAACUUUGCCCAGUUUGACCCCACAAACAUCAUGCCCCUGCCCUUUGAGAACAAGCUGCCAGUGCUGCAGGAAGUGACAGCAUCACGGCCAACCCAAUCGAGGCUCUUUGCGUUCCGGGCGGACCCGCCCACCACUACCAUGCAGCGAAUCAAGGGCUUCACGACCGGCUCACUGCCCACCUUUAUCGACGUGGGUAACAACUUUGCCUCUAAUGCCAUCCUAGAGGACAACCUUGUGCACCAGCUGGGAGAAGCUGGAAAGCGUGUGGUCUUCAUGGGUGAUGACACCUGGGAGAGCCUCUUCCCCAAGAAGUUCCACCGUUCGCUGCCCUUCCCGUCAUUUAAUGUGAAGGACCUCCACACCGUGGAUGAUGGCAUCCUGAAACAUCUCUACCCCACCUUGCAGAGCAGCGACUGGGAUGUGCUCAUCGCCCAUUUCCUGGGUGUGGACCACUGCGGACAUCGAUUCGGGCCCAACCACCCCGCCAUGGCAGACAAGCUCACGCAGAUGGACGGAGUCAUAAGAUCUGUCAUUAGGCUCAUUGAAAAUGACACUUUGCUAAUUGUUAUGGGUGACCAUGGCAUGACAGACACAGGGGACCACGGGGGCGAGAGCCUGAAGGAGACGGACGCCGCGCUCUUCCUCUACAGUCCCACCCCACUCUUCCCCCCCCCUGGGUCCCAGGUAGAACCUGAGGUGGUUCCUCAGACUGACCUGGUUCCCACACUGGCCCUGCUCCUGGGCAUUCCUAUCCCGUACAGCAACAUCGGACAGGUGCUGCUGCCCAUCUUUCCGCAGGACACAGACCCAGCUGGGACACAGUCCCACCUCACCCAGGCAGAGGCGUUGUGGAUCAACGCUAAACAAGUGAACCGCUUCCUGGAGACCUACGCCCUCAUGGCCAAAGACAUCUCCCCAGAGAGCCUGUCCCGCCUGCGGGGGCGCUUUGCCGGGCUCGCUGCUGAGUACAGGGAGGUGCUGCGGGAGGGGGGCGCUCCCUCCCCGGCGCUGCUCGGCGGCCUGCAGGAGUACCUUGGCGCCGUGCGGGACGUCUGCCGGACCACCUGGGCACGCUUCCACCCGCUCAAGAUGCUCAGCGGGCUGCUGGUGAUGGCCACCGCCUGCCUGGUGACUCUCACCGCGUCAGAGCUGCCGAGACUGGCGGGGGCCGGGGAGGGCCCCUCGCUGGCGCCCCCUCUGGUCGUGGGGGUGUUGGCCGGUGGGGCAGCGGUCACCGUACAGCUGAUGUCUGUGGGAUGGGCGGAGGCGGGCUGGUUCCUCGGCGCGGCCGCUUUCGCCUCCCAGUCUGUGUACCUCUGGAGGCUGCUCCGUGCCGGGAGGGGGGCCAAGGCUAGCCAAGCCCAGCGGUGGGGCUGGAGGGGUCUGCUCCUAUCCCUCCCUUGCAUCCCCCUGCUGGUCCUCUUCCUGCGUUGCGCCUCCCUGCUGUCGGACAGCUACGUCAUAGCUGAGGGCCGCGUGGUCACUUUCCUGCUCCUCUCCCUGGGCCUCUAUGUCCCGCUGCGGCUCAAUUGGGACGGCCUCCUCUUCACGCCGAGCCCCGACCCUCAGAAGCCCCCGUGCCCCUUUCCGCCUGCGGCCUCCUGUUCCCCCUCGGCCGCUCGCAGGGAGAGCCUGGCGCUCCUCGCCUGCCUGGGGGUGCUGGCGGCCUCGGCGUACGCAGUGCCGUCGCUCGCCGCCUGCCGCGAGGAGCAGGGCGAUUGCGAGCCGUCCCCCCUCCUGCUCCCCCUCUCGCGCGUGCAGGACAGCCGCGCCCGCAACCUGCGUUACGCCCUGUCGGUAGCGUCACUGGCUGCUUGGACCGGCCUCCUGCGCCUUUGGCUGCGCCGCUGUGGCAACCUGAACGGACCGGGCCCUGCGGUUCUGGUGGCCCGCUGGGUGUUCCCGCUGGCCGCGGUGUCCGUGGGCCUGCACUGGGCUGUGGACGCCACUCCUGAGGACACCUUCCGGGGCCUGGCCGACCUCAUCGCCCUUUCCCUGACGGCUCUGCCCCGUGCCGCCUUUGGCCUCUUGGGGCUCGGUGCCGCGCUGCUCUGGUUGGACCCCCUAACGGUGUUUCUGAAGGCCCGCAGCCUAGCUGGCCCAUCCCCGGCACCUCGGUACCGGGCCAGCACGGGGGUCAGCACCCAGGCCGAGCUGCGGCACCUCAUCCCCCAGCUGUACCAGCACAUGCGGCUCUCCCUGGAGGACGGCGCUCAGCCCAGGGCCCCCGGCGCGGACGGCCGACCCUCUGUGGAGGCCUACGGCCUGGGCACGGUAUACUCCGCAGCUCUGCUCCUGCUGGCAGGCCUGCUGGGCCUGGGCCUCCUCCUCCUGCACCCUGAGGGGGUGUCUCUGGCCUUCGUGCUGCUACUGCUGGAGGCGGCUGCCCUGCUACAGCUACAUGCCUCUUCCAGCAACUUGGUGGCCCUGCAGGGGGCGCUCAUGGGGGGCUUCAGUGUGCCCUGGGUCCCAGUGAUACUGUGGGAUUUGGCCGCCACCCAGUUCUUCCAUGGAACGGGGCACUUGCCUACCUUCCCAUCCAUCCAGUGGGGGGCAGCAUUUGUGGGCUUUCCCAAGGGGCACUCAGGCACCCUGCUCCCUGGUGUGCUUGUCACUCUCAAUACAUUCUCCUCCCACAUCCUGUUUGCAGUGGGGUGUCCCCUCCUGCUCUUCUGGCCGCUGGUGUGUGAGGUGCGAGGGGGCCAGCGUGGGCGGGGCCACACUGCGGACGGAGACGAAGGAGAUGAGACGGUCAUGGAGAUGAAGCUGAGGGAGCGCCCUGCUGAUUUCUCGGCCGCUCUGCUGCAGCUGGCCAUGCGGUUUCUCUUCGUCAAGGGGGCGCAGGUCUUGGCGUCAGCCCUGGCUGCAGCUAUUCUCAGGAGACACCUCAUGGUGUGGAAGGUCUUUGCACCCAAGUUGAUGUACGAGGCGUCUGGCUUUGUUGUAGCCAGCGUGUUCAUCCUCCUCAGCUUCGCCUUGGUCAUGCGAGUUGACGUCGCAGUGAAUAGCUGGUUCAAGAGGCUGGUCCCUGAACAGCCCAGGUAGCUCCUCGCCCCACGAUGCACUGCUUCCUGCGGCUUGGGGCCCGUCCCGUCAAACUCCGCACCGGCUGGCUUUAGAGAGCAGAGCUGGUGUGGCGGAUUGCAGGAGGAGCGAUCGCCCAUAACAGAAAGUCCUGUUAAAAAACAAUGUAACGGAUUGGAAGGAUUAACUUGGUGGUGGUAAAGAUCUUAACCACAGCAGGGUCAGGUAUGGACUUCCUUUGGUGGCCAAGUAGGGGUACCACCAGAAGAAUCUUGGAACCCAGAUGUGAGGACGCCACGCUCUCAUCUUUGCACAGGUUCACAAGGGUCUCUCUGCCUCUACACCUUUAGGUUACGGCCGAUGGUUUCAUUACAUGUGAUUCUUCAACCAGGCCAACAUGUACAUGUAGAAAAAUACCAUUAAAACUAGGCAGCAUCAAAAAUUCUGCAACAAAUAACUUCUGCUUAAUCUCUAAACUAAGCAGUCUUCAGUUUUUUUUGUUUUUAAAGAGAGAUUAUGAUCUGCUGUUUUUUCUUUAAGAACCCCGUAACAUACUCUGCAUGUGUGAGGGGCCUUGUGGUGUAACAACUAAUUUUAGCAAUAAACAUACCAGGAGGUCACUAGUGUGUUAAAAUUAUUUAUCUGGCUGCUUGAUAUUAGUGGCAUAUGAUGCAAAAAUUCCCUUUUCCCACAUUUUCUUAAAUAUUUGAUUAGAAAUUUAAUAAUGACAAAUUUCUAUCUAUUCAGAAAUCAGAAAGUAACAUUUUUAUUUGUUGUGUGAUGCAAUAAGGCAAGGUUCCAAGGCAAUUUGAUUUUAAUUGGCAAACAUAUUUUGUUUAUGUUUUUAUAGAAAAAUGCAUGGAAACUUUUACAGACCGCCAUUUGCUGUAUGGACUAUAGUAUCUAAUGUGCAAUAGAAAUUCCUCUCUCAUUUUGUACUGUAAACAGUUUGUAGCAAGGAGACAAGGCUGAAUAUGUCAAUGAUAUCCAAAUGUUCUGAUUUUAUAUUUUAUGUGUUUGGUUGAAUAAUUAAUAUUGCUGAGUAUGUCUAAUCUGAGUUGAAACCAAUUAAAUAUUUUGUACCUUC